AUGGACGGUUAUUCGGUUAACCGGGUGAUUUUCACUGCCCUCAUCGCAGUUGUGGCGUCCAAGCCUGGCCUCCACUCAGUAGCAUAUCCUGCUGCCUACACCGCUCCACUGGCGGCUACGUACACUGCUCCAGUGGCGGCAGCUUACACUGCUCCAGUAGCAGCUGCGUACACUGCUCCAGUAGCGGCUGCGUACACUGCUCCAGUAGCGGCUGCUUACGCUGCUCCUAUUGCUGCCGCGUACACCGCUCCAGGUUUUGCUCCACCAGUAUCUGCAGCAUAUACAGCACCUGUAGCAGCAGCUUACACUGCACCGGUGGCAGCAGCCUACACAGCUCCAGUAGCUGCCUAUUCCGCCCCCUUGGCCGCUGCCUACAGAGCACCUAUUCUCUACAAGUGAUAUCAUAAGAUAGCGUUUCGUAUAUAACUUUUAUUAGAAAAAAAUGAAAUACCAAAUAAAUUGAUACAUUUCUAUUUAGCUGUUCU